AUGUUGCCCUACGCCACCGUUCAAGAGGCGGAAUCCGCCCUAGGACGAUCUCUCACCGCCGCAGAAAACCUUUGGUUUAAUUACUCUGCCGCCAAAUCUGACUACGUUCUAUACUGCCACAACAUUCUCUUCCUCUUUGUCAUUUUCUCUGCUGUGCCACUUUACUAUGUCUUUCUUGAAGUCUUCUUUUUGGAAUCUGUCAAAUCGUACAAAAUUCAACCCAAAGUGAAGCUCUCAGUUUCUGAUAUGUUCCGAUGUUACAAAUCCGUCAUGCGUAUGUUCUUCCUCGUUGUGGGACCUCUUCAACUCGUGUCCUAUCCCUCUAUUAAGAUCAUAGGGAUAAGAACGAGUUUGCCAUUGCCUUCUUUAUGGGAAAUUAUAGCACAAUUGGGGGUUUAUUUCAUUGUGGAGGAUUAUUUGAACUAUUGGAUCCAUAGAUUUCUGCAUUGUAAAUGGGGGUACGAGAAGAUUCACAAGGUUCAUCAUGAGUACACGGCUCCAAUUGGGUUUGCGGCGCCGUAUGCUCACUGGGCGGAAAUUUUGUUCCUCGGGAUCCCCUCGUUUAUGGGGCCCGCAAUCGUCCCGGGUCACAUUAUUACUUUCUGGUUGUGGAUUGGACUAAGGCAGAUUGAGGCUAUUGAGACUCACAGCGGGUUCGACUUUCCUUGGACUCCAACAAGAUAUAUUCCAUUUUACGGUGGUCCAGAUUACCAUGAUUAUCAUCAUUAUGUUGGAGGACAAAGCCAAAGUAAUUUUGCUUCAGUAUUCACCUAUUGCGAUUACUUGUAUGGAACUGACAAGGGAUACCGAUAUCAAAAGAAAGUCCUCCAGCAGUUGCGGGAGGGACUGAAAAGCAAUGGUGAGCAAAAAGGAGAUUUGCAUGACAUAUCUGCACAAGAUGUUAAAGUCGACUAG